GAUUUUCCCCUCGUCUCUCGGCCGGCCGAGUACUUGUUUACUUGCCGCGCGCGAGCGACGGCAAGCGACGGCGCGGCCCUAGGGCGAGCCCUUUUCGGGAAGAACGAGCGCGGUGAAGCGGGAUAUCUUGCGGCGCGAGACGAGAGACCGCGAGAUCUGGGAAGGCGAGAACCGCUUCCGCGAACUCGCAAACGUCGCGGGCGGUUCCUGACGCGAAAUUUUAUGCUUUAUGGGAUUUUCUGAGAUUUCGCGAUCGUCGUCCACCCUCGUCCUCAUUGAGUAUAGAUUAUGUAAAUUUCAAGACGGGGGACUUCCCGAUUGAGUGUACCGCAUAAUAAAUCAUGAGCUCAGGUAGACCGAUAAAAUGUGUAGUGGUAGGAGAUGGGACGGUAGGAAAGACCUGCAUGUUGAUAUCGUACACGACAGACAGUUUUCCCGGGGAGUAUGUACCUACCGUGUUUGACAACUAUUCCGCGCCAAUGGUGGUCGACGGAAUUCCGGUUAGUCUAGGGCUGUGGGACACGGCGGGGCAGGAAGACUACGACAGAUUGCGUCCUCUCUCCUAUCCUCAGACGGAUGUGUUUCUCAUUUGUUUCUCAGUAACGAGCCCUUCGUCAUUCGAAAAUGUCACCAGUAAAUGGUACCCUGAAAUAAAACAUCACUGCCCAGAUGCACCAAUGAUACUCGUCGGAACUAAAAUAGACUUACGAGAUGACCGUGAAACGCUUACUGCCUUAGCUGAACAGGGCCUUAGUGCUAUUAAGCGUGAACAGGGACAAAAGCUGGCAAACAAGAUUCGCGCGGUAAAAUAUAUGGAGUGCUCCGCUCUGACGCAACGUGGAUUGAAGCAGGUAUUCGACGAGGCGGUGCGCGCCGUUUUAAGACCUGAGCCGCAAAAACGUCGACAAAGAAGGUGCAUUGUGUUAUAAACGACGAAAGGAAUUGAAGGGAAUCAUAUAGGUAUACACGUAUAUAAAGCAACGGAUCAAAAUGAAUUUGAUCGCGCAAAGAAAUAAUACGAAUGGUUUAAAGAGAAGAUGGAAUAGAGUACAUGCAUUUUAACGAAUUAUUCUCUGGCAGCUAUAGAAUUAUACCAUAUUACGGAAAGAGUACAACUUAAAAACCUCCUGGUCUCAAUGCGAGUCGUGAUGUUGAUUCACGACCAGAAAGUUUAGACAACGAGAAAGUAAGAAGAUAAAAGGAUAGAAUAAAUAUUUAGCAUUUGCAGGAGGAAGUUUACGAGUUACAAGCUUGCAGGUGUCUUUCCUUAAACUUGCAUUUAUACAUAUAUUUGCAUAAUGAUAAAAAGAUAUUUGACCAUAGUAAUGCGCAGUCAAUUUAGUCAGUUUAGUGGAAAACGGCUCAUGAAAAUUUUUUUCGUAUUCUACAAGAGAAAUCUCCGUUAAUUAAUAUUGCAGUCCUGCAAAUCGAUAAUACAGUGUAAAUGUGCUGUGAUGAUUAAAAGCAUUAAGUGAACCCGAAGCUUUACUUAUCAGGGCUGCCAGAUUUUCGACUUUUUUACAUUUACAAUAGUAGGAACAUUGAUUUUAGUACAUACAACGCGAUAGCUAAUCAUAACAAUCACAUGCUGAAGUGUUUUACGAGAUGUAAAGCUGGCAUCAUAGAAUUAUUUAAACAUACAGUGCCAUAGCAACGAAAAAUCAAAUGAAUUUUACAAGCACUCUUAAUCACAAUCGGUUCUAGACAAUAUAUAUAUAUUUUUUACUAACAAAUACGGAAAUUUUUAAAAGAUAUAGCCAGAGAAAUUGGUGUGUAUAAUGGUUCUUUAGACAGAAGUAGCACGUUUGUCUUUCCAUUCUUUGGGGCAUUUGAGAUUUUUAUUUUUAUCAAUACUUCCGAUAAGAAAUGUAUAGUAUGGUUACAGAAUACUGCCAUAAAAUAACACAACACGAAAAUUUCAUAGUAUUCUUAAUACUAGAGAAGAAAAAUCGACUUUACGUAAUAAUUACGCAAAUUAAAUUUGAUAAUGAGACAUUUGUUAUUUAGAAUUGCAACAUGUCUGUGUGUCGAAAGAAUUAAUAUUGUGCAUUAAUAUUUAUUUGAUUAAUUAUAAACGGAGAAUAUUGUAGUAUGAUUUUAUACGUGUACUGCAGGAUUUUUAAUAUAGUUUUCUAUUUAUAACGUAAUGUUUUUCGUUUGUGCUUGUAACGGGGUUUCAAUGUUGCACAAGUUUUUGCAAUUGUGCAAUUUCACUUAUUAACAUUAUUCGAAUUCACGUGAAUAUUCUUUACAAAAUUAAUAAUCAAAAGAAGUGUAGCUAGCAGUUGAUGAUAACAUAAAACGCUGAUAACAAUUACACAGCAGUGCAAAGUCCACCUAAAUUGAAAUAUAUAAAUAUAGCACAAUGUAUUUUCUUAAAUACUAUAGUAUAUCUCACUCUCUUCCAUUUAUUUGUACGAAAAUUGUUUACAUAAAAAUUUACGGGAAAACUAGUGCGAUGGUUUAGAAAGAUAGAUAUCUUGUACAAAUAAGUAUUGCUAUAAAGUUAAGCCCAUAUCAUUGUUUCUAAUUCAUUAUCUUAUUAAACGAUCAUAAUUGCGAUUGUACUUUUUUUAAACAGAUUUUUCUAUUUAUGUUUAGCUAAAGACAGUCAAGUUUUGUGAAUACAGAUAUUACAUGUGCUCUCUAAAAACUCAAUGAUAAAUCGAUGAAAUAGAUAUUAUUCUUGUGGUCACGUUUUUUAUUAUUAUUAUUAUUUUUUUUUUAUUUUAUUCGAAAGCUUAGGAUAGAAAAGAUAGGACCUUUGUGCCAUAUGCUUUUCAUUUGUAAAACAGGCAUUAAAUACCAUGUUCAAAUUGAACUUUAUAUUUGAAACAAACUCCCAAAUAAUUUAAAAUAUAUCAAAAUUGAAUCGAGAGAAAAACAUUUAAUACUAGAGUGGUUGAGAAUGGAUAAUUAUUUGCAGAAAUAAUUUCACAUCUUAUUUUUAAAAGAAGAUAAGCAAUUUUGAAACAAUAAAAAUCAUAAACUUUGCUUUUAUAAUCUUCGUCAUUAAUAUUAAUUAGUUUACAAACACGAAUUUUACGGUUGCAUAAGAAAGCUUAGCGAUCAAUGAUCGUUUUGGCUGUUCUAGUCUGAAAAUGCUAUAAGGAGCAAACAAAAAGGCAUGUUACAGCUUACUAGGUGUACAUAAUGUAGCAUAGAAGCGUACUCUAAAUUUUCAUCGAAUCUAUCUUUUAAGGUGUAAUUUUGGGUUUUUCUUACUCCUGAAAUCUUUGUGCGCCAAUAGGUCUUAUCACGGAAUCACUUGAUUAAUUAAAAUGCUGCAGUUAAUGCCUGUCUUUUGUUUGAUUUGUGUGACACAUGGUUUGAAAUAAAAUAUAAUAAUCGCUAAAUAAUUAUGUGGAUAUAUUUAUUUAGCGAUAAUAUAUGUUUGUCUAUUUUCAAAAAUGACGAAAAUAAAUUGCUAGAAUGUUUCCUAAAUUAAAAAUGUAUGUCUUAAAUGACCAAGUCUAGCAUCUUUUAUCUUCGUUUAUUGGAAUUUAAGAUAUUUUAAACUUUUGAUAUGUAUAUGUAUACCCCUGCAUAUGUAUAAUAAUGCAUUAGUUAAGCAUAAUAAUAUACUACGAUUAUGUAUUAUAAUGUAAUGCAUAGAUCGCGCAUUUUUUGUAAGUAGUGCACUUAUCUUACAAAUUUCCAGGUACUUACUACAGGCACGUUUGUUCCUUCAUGUUGUAAAAUAAAUUUAUCAACAGCGAUGCAAUAUUUGUCAAUUUUAUUCCGAUUUUAUAUGAAUUUUUUGUACAAGGCGUUCAAUAUCAUUCAUAAUUUCUGAAAUUGAACAAAUUUUAUUGCAGAAUUAAUAUAUUAAAACAAUAACGAUAACACUAUACUAACAGGAUGGGUGCAUUACAAUGUGUAUGAUGCCUGUAUUUUCCAACGAUGAGCUUUAAUUUGGGCAUGAUGUAAUUUAAAUUACACUACUUACAACUUUUGCAUUUAACGGAGAUCAUAGGAUGCGAAUUACUUUCUCAUCUUUCUUCUUUUUAACGAAAUUAUCGAGGGAUUGCUAUGAACCAAAGUUAUAUAUUACAAUUUAAGAUAACAUCUAUGUUUUUUAUUAUGGACUAUUGCACAUAAGUAUAAAAAGAAUGAGUGUAUGAAAUGUAAAGAUAAUCUAGUCAUCACGGAUCUGCUUCUAACUUUUACUUGUGUACGUGAAUAAUGCUCUCACAACAGAUUGCAUGUAAACAAAAUAUAAUCCUUAAACGGGACAAUUUAGCGUGUAAAUGGGCGAAACGGGAAAUAUGAGGACAGAAAGAAAAGGUAUAAAAGAUAUGAAAGUAAAGAUGCAACUUAAUACUGUCAAUUUAGAUAGAAUGCAAGGAAAAACCAAACGAUGUGGGAGUAGAAAUUCUGUAGAAAUUACAAAUAUAUGUAUAUGUGCUAGGAUAUGUAACUUUAAUUAUGAGUAAUUUAUAAACAUUUGUCUAUUUUCGUAUAUAUAACAGAAUUCGUUAUUUAUAUACUAACAGGACGGCACAAGAGAGCGCUCCCAUCGCUUUUACAAAUUUUUUAAUUCUACAACGAUUUAUAAAUUUACAACAAUGAGAUACCUCAUAUUAAUUUUGUAAAUUUACUUUACAAAAGGGCGUACGUUUCUAUAACCGAUGUUACUUUCUAUGCUUUUAAUGCACUCUUUUGCUGUCGAUCUGAUAAUCGGUAACAAAUAGUGGCCUCGAAAUUAUAAUUUCGAUUAUCUCGUUUUUUCCUUGUGGAAGAAUUAUUCAUUAACAAUGACAAUUGCAAUGUGAGUAACAUGACUGCAUAAAGGCAUAUUCUAUAUGGCACUAGGAAGCAUUUAUUUUUUAUUUACAUGUAUUUUGAAAACGACUUUUUCAAAUAAACGAUAAAAUAAAAACAUCA